AUGAAGAGGUUUCUGGUGCUUUGCACCCUUGUCCUGCUGUGUGUUCCACGGAAAGGCGCCUUUUACUUGUCUCCGGAGGACGAUUUGUGCUACUUCUGGCUGUACGGUCAGAAGCCGUAUGCGAAGGAUUUCCAGUGUCAAGAGUGGCACGAUGGCACAGAAGUAAAGAUCUGCUGCGGGACCUGCUCCCCACCCUGCUGCUGCUCAUCUGAGGGGUCUCUUCUAGAUCACCACUGGUGCCCCGCAGAGCCUGAGAAGGUGUAUAUAUCGCCUUUUACGAAGGUUAUAGAAAGUAAGACGUCUUUAUUUACACCUGCUUUUAAGGGGUUGGCUGGGGUGCAAAUAGAGCGGACACAAAUCUGGUGUGUUUUAGUGACCGUUUUCUCCUCCUCCUCCUCCUCCUCCUCUCUCUCUCUCUGUCCCCCAUAUUAUUGUUUUUUACUGAAUUUAAAUUUUACAAAAUAAUAAUCAUAGCGAUGUGACAAUUCAUUCGCCCACUCCCCAAACGGGCAAGACAGUAUCAUCAAUGAAAUACAUUAUGCCGUAAUUGUUCAUGUGUACGUGGUAGGUGCCGAGUCACAACUUGCCAUUUGAAAAAGGUUAUUAAGGGAUACUAUAUUUCUAUAAAAAUCAUCCAUUCAUAGCUUUUUAUGUGUUUGAUUAGAUUCUCCACUGGUGCCACUGUCCAUACCGUUUGCCAGCACAGUGAAAGUUGCAGAUGGUUCUAACUUUUCUGCAGCUGCCACUAAAAGAAAUGUGAUUAGCUCUUUAUGUUUGUAGGUCUUUCUGAUUCUCGUGGAGAAUAAACUAUAAAGCCAGUUGUGGCAUACAUUGGACUGUUUGUGAUGAUAUUUAUUGUUUUGAAAUUGUCCAAAAUUUUUGAAUUUUAACGCAAGUCCUAUGUUUAAGCUUCUUGAACUUGAAGAGUUGUGUGGUACUUUACUUGAACUUUUGUAAUGUUUUUGAAACUGCAAAAAUAAAGACUAAAAAGGCUGCCAUGUUUUAGGAUGCCUUAAUAAAUGUGUCAAUCGUUAAAGCCCCGUAAAAUGGCCUCAUCUGUGCUGCACAUUUAAAACAGUUAUCAUUCCACUUUAAACAGUCAUGAAGGUUCAUCAGGACCAGUGCACGCUGAAUGUGUCCCAUUAGUCUUGGGUUCCGUCUCUGAUACGUACAGCAGCAGUAGCACACCUAAGUAGCGCAAGUCCUAGAAAGUAGGUUAAAACAAAACAAAACAAAGUUCAGCAAAACAGGGCAGAAAAUGUAUUAAGAAAACUCAGGUGUUAAUAACUGCUCUUCUUCUGUUUCUAGAUUGGCUGAUCUUUGUUUUUGUGAGCUGUGGAAUCAUCCUUGGUUUUGUGGUAUCCUUCUUCAUAUACUUUCGGUUCAAAGUAUUUCUGAUUCGGCGGAGAAUACGCAAGGCAAAGGAGGAACGUCGCCGUCAACGCGAACUAUGUCGCCAACAAGGAAUCUCUGACACUCCUGAUACUAAGGAUGCUGUCCGUGAUGAUGCUGUCCACGAGGAUGCUGUCCGCGGGGCUGAAGGGGGGCUGCAGGAACGUCGCGGUCACCGCCCUCUAUGCCGCCAACUAGCAAUCUCUGACACUCCUGAUACUAAGGUUGCUGUCCACGAGGAUGCUGUCCACGCGGAUGCUGUCCACGAGGAUGCUGUCCGCGGGGCUGAAGGGGGCCUGCAGGAACUUCGCGGUCACCGCCCUCUAUGCCGCCAACUAGCAAUCUCUGACACUCCUGAUACCAAUGUUGCUGUCCACGAGGAUGCUGUCCACGGGGCUGUAGGGGGGCUGCAGGAACGUCGCCGUCACCGCGCUCUGUGCCGCCAACGAAGAGUCUCUGAUAGUUCUGAUACUAGUGAUGAUGUCCACGAGGAUGCUGUCCGUGGGGCUGUAGGGGGGCUGCCGAAACGUCGUCGUCACCGCCCUCUAUGCCGCCAACGAAGAGUCUCUGACAGAUCUGAUACUAGUGAUGAUGUCCACGAGGAUGCUGUCCGUGGGGCUGUAGGGGGGCUGCCGAAACGUCGCCGUCACCGCGCUCUAUACCGCCAACGAAGAGUCUCUGACACUCCUGAUACUAAGGAUGCUGUCCACGAGGAUGUUGUCCACGGGGCUGCAGGGGGGCUGCAGGAACGUCGCCGCCGCCGCGCUCUAUACCGCCAAAGAAGAGUCUUUGACAGUUCUGAUACUAGUGAUGAUGUCCAUGAUGAUGCUGUCCGCGAGGUUGUUGUCCAAAUUGCUGCUUUCCACGGGGAUGCUGCCCGUGAUGAUGCCGUCCCUGAGAGAAUAGUUUCACCUUCUGGCACGGGAGUCUCUCAAGGUAUCCAGCCUGCCCCACAUCGGUCUGGCCCAGCUGUACGCUUCCAUCGAGGGAGCGCAGAUGACUUGGUUACCAUUUCGCCUUUAGCAACUGAAGAAGCUCCCCCAUUUAAAACAACAGUUCCGAGGCUAUACAUCUCCAAGGAUGGCUACUAG